AUGUCUGAAAAUCACUCCAAUCAACUCUCACGAUUAUUUUAUCCCAUAAACGAACGUGUUGGCUUGUCGAUUGGUGUUAUAUCUGGACACCAAAGCAAGCACAAACGGAAACAUUUAGUUUUUACAAUUUCACUAACGAAACCUACGAGUAUUCAGGUCUAUCUUGUCAAGAUUACAGAUAAAAGUGAAAUUAAAAAAGUGCAAGUAUGCAACGCGAAAAAUCUGAAAAAAAUUGACUGCAGAGAUACAAAAACUCAACCUAGCUAUGAAUUACAAAUCAUCACAGAAAAUAAGAUAUGGGUAUUUAAUGCUUUGAAAUUAGAAGAAAAAAGACAUUUUGUCAGUUCAUUUUGUCGUACGCUUGCAACACUUCUACCACAUGUGAUCAAAGAUAUAGAAUUAGUCAAUUUCCCACAAGAUAUAAAUAUUUCUCCACUUAGCCAACAUGAAACACUGGAUGCUUUGCUUAAUCCUGAAUAUAUGUCAACGGUUGGUACCGGUGGCGAUGAAGAUAGUGUUGGCGGUGAUGAAAAGUCAGCUGAUAAAGAUAAGUCAGAUGCACCGGUCACUGAUUCAUACCGUUCAUUGACAAAACGUGAAGAAGAUGAUAUACGACAAUUUCUAGAUGAACUUGAUGAGGAAUCAACCCUCUUAAAUGCUGCUCAACUAACGGAACGUUUACAAGAACAGUUGGCUCACAUUGAAGGUACAAAUGUUCAUUCAAUUAUGUCUUCUGAAUCUCAAGUAUUAAGUCUUAUGACAACAUUGGACAGUGCUAUUGAACGAGCUGAAUUAUUAGAGAAACAAUUAAAUAUUUAUUAUAGUUUUUUAGAGGAAGUUGAAGAUGCAAUGUCUACCCUACGUGAUCAUGAUCAAUUAAUCCAAACGACAGUAGAUAAUCGCGCAAAUUUAUUAAAUGUACUUGAACAACUAGUCGAUCGGUUAGAUGUUGAUCCAAAAUACUUCCAUAUAUUAGCGAAAGGUGAUUUAAGUACAUCUGAUGGUAUUGCACGUUGUAUCGAAGCUGCUGGAUAUUUGGAUCGUUUGCUGAAUUCAGAAUUUAAAGAAGGUGAAGAACAUCUUCAAGCUGUAGAUGAACGUAUGCAAGAAUUGAGAAAUUUACGUGAUUCAUUUGCCACAAAAUUAUCAGGUUUUGUAAAUGAUGCAAUGUUACGUUAUGCCAGUCAAUUAGGAUUUGUUGUCAACACAGGGAUUAGUAUGCCUACAUCAGAAACAAUGUCAACAAUAUCAAAUAAUCAAUCUGGUGGUGGCGGAGGAAAUAGGAAAACAUCAAUGAUGAUUACAAGUUCUUUUCGUGUUGCAUCUGAUUUAUAUGCUGUUCAAAGAACUGACCUACUUCAACUAACUCCACUAGUUGGUAACUGGUUACAAGCUAAUAGAAAAGAUUUAUAUAUUGGAAUUAAAAGGAUGUAUAUUGAAAAAUCACAAAAUUUUUUUAAACGACAAAUACAAGAAGUAUUGAAGUGUACACAAGACUCCGUCGCCAAUCUUGUCCGACCUGGGAAAUCUAAAGAAAUUCAACGUUUAGAGAAUAUACCAUCAGAUGUUGGAAGUGUUAUGUCAUUACAUAAUUUAGAUUCAAAUCUUUUAACUCAAGUUGAAUCGAUCUUUGAUAAUUGUUUCGAGAAAAUUUUAACUUUAAUUCGUACAGAACAAGCAUUUUUAAAUCAAUUUUUCGGUUUUCAUUUAAAUGCAUCAAAAAUUGAAAAAUCACAUAAUAUUGCUAUGUAUAAAAAUUAUAAAGGCGAUGAAUUAUCUACUUUAUUCGAUUGUAUGGCUAAUUUAUUUGAUAGUGUUGAACAAGAUGUUUUAAAUUUAAUCAAUCAUUGUGAACAAUUACAAUCUAUAUUGAUUAUGCCAUUGUUAAUUACAAUUUCACGUAUAACAGAAAAUGAGAUUACAUCAACAUUAACAUCAUCAUCAUCAUCGUCACCUCCACAACAACAAACCACAACAACCAAUUUAGAUAAUUCUAAUUCUAGUAAUGGUAUUGGCAAUACUAAUCAAUUACAAUUAGAAUCACAAGAUUCUGAUAAAAUUCCAAUGACAUAUAUUGCAAAUUUGUUAUCACGAUUUACUAUUGAAACAAAACGAGCUUUUAAUCGUCUUGUUGAGCGUCUAAUUAUUUCAUUUAAAACAAGUAAACCAUGUAAAAAAGUACGAUGUGGUGUAUUAUCAAUGGUUCGUACUUAUAUUGAAUUCGCUGAAUGUUCAAUGACUGUAUUUGCUAAAAGUUCACGUUUAGUUGAUCUAGAACGUGCUCAUAGAGAAUUAGUACGAUGUUUAAUGACUGAAAUUGAUCGAGUUGCAUCAAGAAGUGUGAAAACACCUGGUGAAGUUGUUCAGUUAGAAAAUUAUCAUCGUCUUUGUGAUAUUCUUCGACGUUUAAAAAUGUCCAGUCUAGAUGAUUAUCGUCAAGAUGCUAAGAAUCGUUAUACUUUAGCAUUACAAGAAUAUACAAAAACAUGUAUGGGUCGUCCAUUGGAGAAAUUAGCAAGCUUUUUUGAAAAUGUUCAAAGUGCUUUGGAUGCUGGUGUACGAUCUGAAGUGGUUAGUUAUCAAUUUGCUUUUAGUAAACAAGAAUUACGUAAAGUUAUCAAAGAAUAUCCUGGAAAAGAGGUAAAACAUGGUCUGGAAAGUUUAUGUAAAAAAGUUGAAAAACAUUUAUCUGAUGAAGAAAACUUAUUCCCUGUUGUUUGGAGAUCAAUACAAACAGAAUUUAUUACACAAUGUUUACGUUUUAGUAAUUUAAUUCAACAAUGUUAUCCAGAUUCAGGUAUACAUCUUGAAUUUACUAUAACAGAUUUACAAAAUUAUUUUACUGAAAUUGCAUGUUCACGUUGA